UGAACAAGAGGCCUUGAAAUCCAUCAUGAAGGACCUGGUAGCACUCCAGAUGAGCCGACGUCACAGACUGACUGGAUAUGAUACCAUGAAGAAUAAAGACACUGCUCACUCCAACAAACAGAAAAAACACAAUGCCAGCAGUCCACCCCUCUUGGGCAGCCCUGCAAUAACAAACCAGUGUGCCUCUGCAGUGGAAGAAAAAAAAAUUCCGAACGAUGUAAGGAUAAAGUUUGAACAUAACGGGGAAAGACGAAUUAUCCCAUUUGUCCGUCCCGUGCGCUAUGAAGACGUGCAACAGAAAGUGAAAACAGCCUUUGGCCAGCCACUGGACCUCCACUACAUGAACAAUGAGCUAUCUAUUCCUUUGAAAAAUCAAGAUGACCUGGAUAAAGCAGUAGAUCUCUUAGACCGAAGCUCUAAUGUGAAAAGCCUUAGAAUAUUAUUGCUGUCUCAGGACAGAAACCAUACCAGUUCUUCACCCCAUUCUGGACUGCCCAAACAAGUCAGGAUUAAAACUUCUCAGUCUGUGGGGGAUGUGAACACACCCUAUCAGCAGCCAGAACCCAGAAGUAGGCAUCUGUCUGUCAGUUCCCAGAACACAGGCCGAAGUUCACCACCUCCUGGGUAUGUUCCAGAGAGGCAACAGCGCAUUGCUCGGCAGGGUUCCUACACCAGCAUAAAUAGUGAAGGCGAAUUCAUCCCAGAAACCAAUGAACAGUGUAUGCUGGACCCUUUAAGCAGUGCUGAAAACUCGGUGUCAGGAAGCUGUCAGUCCUUGGACAGGUCAGCAGACAGUCCUUCUUUUCGGAAAUCACGGAUGUCAAGGGCACAAAGCUUUCCUGAUAAUAGACAGGAGUUCUCAGACCGUGAGAAUCAGAUCUAUGACAAAGCGGGGAAAGGCGGGACCUACCCUCGGCGCUACAAUGUCUCCAUGCAGCACAAAGACUACAACGAUGGCCGGAGGACAUUUCCACGGAUACGGCGUCACCAAGGGAAUCUUUUCACCUUGGUCCCUUCAAGUCGUUCCUUAAGCACCAACGGAGAAAACUUGGGCCUGGCAUUGCAGUACCUGGACCCCCGGGGGCGCCUGCGGAGUGCUGACAGUGAAAAUGCCCUUGGUGUGCAGGAGAGGAACAUUCCCACCAAAUCUCCAAGUGCUCCAAUAAACUGGCGACGAGGAAAACUGCUGGGCCAGGGUGCCUUUGGUCGUGUGUAUUUGUGCUACGACGUGGACACGGGCAGAGAGCUUGCCGCUAAGCAGGUCCAGUUUGACCCAGAGAGUCCUGAAACAAGCAAGGAAGUGAGUGCCCUGGAGUGUGAAAUUCAGCUGCUGAAGAAUCUCCAGCACGAACGUAUUGUUCAGUAUUACGGCUGCUUACGGGAUCGAGCAGAGAAGACCUUGACCAUCUUCAUGGAGUACAUGCCAGGGGGGUCAGUGAAAGACCAGCUGAAGGCGUAUGGUGCUCUCACAGAAAAUGUAACCCGGAAAUACACUCGCCAGAUUCUCGAGGGAGUCUCGUACCUUCACAGCAACAUGAUUGUGCACAGGGACAUAAAGGGAGCCAAUAUUCUCCGUGACUCUGCUGGGAAUGUGAAGCUUGGGGACUUUGGGGCCAGCAAACGGCUGCAGACAAUCUGUAUGUCUGGAACAGGCAUCCGCUCUGUCACUGGCACGCCAUAUUGGAUGAGCCCGGAGGUGAUCAGUGGGGAAGGCUAUGGAAGAAAAGCGGACGUAUGGAGCCUCGGCUGUACUGUUGUGGAAAUGCUGACAGAGAAACCACCCUGGGCAGAGUACGAAGCCAUGGCAGCCAUUUUCAAAAUCGCCACCCAACCAACCAACCCCCAGCUCCCCUCUCACAUAUCAGAACAUUGCCGGGACUUCCUAAAGCAGAUCUUUGUGGAAGCCAGGCACAGACCCUCUGCUGAAGAGCUGCUCAGACAUCAGUUUGCACAGCUCCAGUACUGAAUUACCUCCCUUGCUAGCAGCUCCUGCUGGGCUUUCGGUGCCCCGUCUGGUCUAGUUGCAACUGCCCGUUGUGGUGCUGCAUCUUCAAAAUGCCAACUCGGCUGUCCUAGUCCUUUGGGGAAAUUAUGCCAAGGAACCUAGGGUCUGCUCUUGUGCCUGAUACCUUUGUUUGCUGGACUAAUGUUUAUUCUACCGACAGCUGUCCAAACAGAGCUGCAUUUUUGCCCUAGUUACCUUGAUGUGAAAUUGCAGCUGGCUGCAUGUUUUCUGCAGGCCCAAGAAUGGGAAUAUAAGUGUCUCACUGGUUGAACAUAGAAGAAAUCUGAACUAAAGUGGGAACUGGAAGAGCUACACUCUUCAGAACAGAAAGGUGCAACAGCCAUCCAGACCAACUCUCUACGUGUGGGUCACUGUUUUCCAGACUGCUAGGGCUUUAGAGGCAUCUACAGUACAUGAAUCCAGCAAAAAGCCAUGUGUCAUUGAGCAUGCGCUCGCUAUAUAAUUAUAUAUUUUUCUUCUUAAGUAUUCAGCAUCUGAAGGUGUUCAGAAAAUAUUGAUUCAAAAGUAUGUGAAUAGUGUUAUUUUAUAACGAAACCAUGGAUUUUGGGGUGGGGGUGAGGGAGGUCUUUCUAGCUAAAUGUCAGGAUAAUCAGAAAAGUUUCAGCAGAAUGCAAUCACUCCAGGGCCUAAGAGAAGGGCUCUCCCACUGAUGUUAGAAAAUCCAGAACUUGAUUUCUAAGGCUUGAUCUGUCCUAGCAUUAAGACAGUGUCGGUUAGUUUGUGUCCUCAUAGCCAACAAAUCUGCACUCCUGCUUCAUCUCCCUGAGACUGCUGGGUCUAAACAAAACCCUCCUGGAAGGGAGUUCUGCGGAACAGCUUUCUGUUGCACCUAUCUUUUUGGCUGGUAACUUCUUACCAUCGCCUUAAACCAAAGACAGUUCAUCUGGUGCCCAGGAAUUUACUUCAGGAAAAGUUUAUGUGUUUCUUUGAGCACCUGGCCUAAUGGAAAAUGGAGUUUUUCACGGGGAGAAUUUGCCGGACACUAGUUUUACUUGUGCGCAGAAUUUAUUCUUGGGGCCGGAUGGAGCAGUGUCCUGUUUGUGAAGCGUUGCUUCUUGGAUCAGGGAGAGUAGCUGGGCUGGUUUAUUGGCUCUUCAUGUGGAGAUCUACUGAUGGAGAGCUGGAGCUGAGGCUUGCAUUUGGAUUUUGCUGUGGUGUCAUUUUAUAUAGCAAAAAUUUGGAGAAGUAAGGACCCUGGACUUCAGACAAAUGGGAGAUAUCAUGAGCUCCCUUCCAGAAGCGAAGCCUCCCAGCAGAAGUGGAUAGCCUUGCAUUGAGCGUACUGGGGAUUUGGGACAGGAUAAGCUUUGCUGUCCCAGAGUAGGGCAAGAGAAUGGAUGAGAACCAGACAAGUGAAGUUGUCCCAGAACAAAAAUGUCUUGUGGAACCAGAAAUAACCACCUCCCGCUGCUUCCUGACACCCUCCUCGUGUGUGUUAGAACCUGAAAAUCCUGCCUUUGCUGAAGGGGGAACUUAGAAACUCUCAGUUACCUUUACUUAAGGAGCUUUCCCAAAGCCGAUGCCUUCGUUCUCCUUUCCACUCGGUAUGUUCAGUGGUAACAUUUGCUUUAUGAACAUGAGAUUCACAUCUUAGGUUUGUAUGAUGGCAUGUUUUCUCCUGGACUCCCCUCCCACUCACCCCUCUCAAAAGUAAGUAGCUCUAUAGUAAUUCUGGUUUCCAUAAAUACGGAGUGUGUGGUCCUGACUUGAAUCUUCACCAUGCCAGUUUGUAGGUGGUGGCUGAGCAGGGGCUGGGAGAGGGAAAUGUCUGGAGCCUUGGGUUGAAGGUGGAAAUGAUCAGCUAUGAAAUACUGACCAACGCACAGAAGAAAUGUGGCUAAAAACCUCUACUACCUUUUUUAUUUCUGGUAAUUUGUGUUAUGUGCAUAGUGUGGCCCAGGGGAAGGUGACUUAAGGUAUGUUUCCUCUUUAAAUCCAGUUCUGAAGCAAAUGCAAUUUAAAAUCUCUAAAGAGGUUGGUUAUACUACACUACUGUGGCUCUUUCUAUUAGGGUAGUGAAGUCUAAACUAGGAACAAUGUCUUCUGGAUUUAAUAUUGCGAGGGUGUGGGUGUAUUGCAUUAUAUCCAGGAAAUGCUGGCACGGUUAGCUGUCAUGUCACUUGUUCUUCUGGUGUUGAUCUCUGCCUAGUGCUCUGUGUCUUGUUCAAAACUGGACAUCUGGAUGGUAUGGAUAUAUAUGGAUUCGUACUGAUUUUUUUCCCAAAACAGUUUUUAUUACGUGAAUCUGUUGGCUUGAACUUUUAGGGUCUGUAAAAUGUCCUUUCUUGAGCUAAAAGGCAGGUUGGUAACGGAAGCCUCGUGCUCGCGUGGAAAUGCAAAAGAAAGUUGU